GGAUAAAAACGGGUUGUAAACUAGUUGGAUUAAACUGUGUUCUAUAACGAAAACGAAACUAGAAAUAAGAUUUCAAUUCAUUAUUAAUUGUAACUGUAAAGACAUCAGAAUUUAACAAAAUGGCUGAAGGACGUGGCUUCACAUCAGUCAGAGACGGUUCAGAUGCUGAUUUCGAAAUUGUGUGUGCGCCGUGCGGGGAAGAUAAUAUCAGAGAAGAAGCUGUCAAAUUUUGCGUAGAAUGCAAUCAAUAUCUUUGUACAGCGUGUGCUAGAUAUCAUAGAAGGAUAGCAGCUUUGAAAUCUCACAAGCUUUUGGAUACAGAUGAUGCCAAAAUCGCAUCAGUAUCUGCCAUAGUAACGAAAUGUCGGUACCAUCCGGAUCGAGACAUUGAGAUGUACUGCGGAACACACGACAUGGUCUAUUGUCUAAAGUGUAUAGCCACGGAGCACAGGGCUUGUGAGAGUGUUAAAAACAUAGAAGACGUAACGAAACCUUUUGUGCAACAAAUUGAAAUACAAGGUUUACAAGAUGAAGCUAAAGCUGUUCGCGAUCAGUUAAUAGCUGCAAACAAGAAGAAACAGAAAAAUGUCGGUUCCUUUGAAGAGCAAAGAAACGAAAUACUACGCAAUAUUAAGGAUAUCGAAAGAAACAUAAUAGAACAUAUCGGGAAAUUAAAAAGAGAAGCAGUUGAGAGUUUGACCAAAAUGUAUUCUGAAAUAAAUAGCGAAAUGGAAUCGGAAAUUACCUUGACGGCCAAUAAAAUAGCAGAAGUCGACAAGUCAACAAGUAUGCUGCAAAGUGUAAGUAAUAUGGAUGCUAGACAACAGUUUGUUCAAAUGAAACUGAUACAAAGGACUGUAAAAGAUGCUAAGAAAUUGUUCGAAGAAAGUGAAUCAGAGGGUGCAAGGGUUGCUUGUUUUACUGAAAAUGCAGAUUUGAAAACCUCUAUAAUGAAUGCCACUGAAUUAGGACGGCUGGAGACAAUGAAUAAAAAUCAGAAGCUGCCUACUCAAAAACAAUAUAAAAUGAAAUCAAAGAAAGAGAUUAAAGUCAGAAUGCCAAAUGACAGUACUGAUUGCUAUAUAUUUGAUAUAUGCCAACUUCAAGACGGUACAGUCAUACUCACUGACUACUUAAACAAAAAAGUAAAAUGGCUUGACGCGAAUUAUAAAGUAAAGUGUCAUUGUGUUCUCAAUGACCGUCCUAGGGACAUCUGCUGUACUACCCAGAAUGAAGUUGCUGUGAAAAUGGACAACAAAAAGGUUCAGUUUAUAUCGGUUGAUAGUGCGUUAACGAUACUGGGAGAUAUAUCGAUAGAAGGUGGAUGUUACUGGGGAAUGGCGUAUAUUGCUGGAGAUUUGUGGGUAUCUACCGAAAGUGGUAUCAACGUGUACAGUAGAUCAGGUACACUUCUGAAAUCCAUCAAAAAUAACGUGAAUGGUCAGAGAAUAUUUAAAUCUUCUCCCCAGCAUAUCGCUGCCAGUGGAGAGAAUGUUAUUGUAGCAGAUGGAAGUGAUGGAGCUGUGUGUUUAGGAAGAGAUGGAAAAGUGAAAAGUGACCUGCGGGAUGGAAGGCUGAACUUCACACAAGGUGUGUGUGUAUCUAGUGAUGGCACUGUGUUUCUGCCUGGAUCUUACUCACACAACAUUGUGAUGUUUAGUGAUGAUGGAAAUUGUAAAGGGGAGCUGCUAACGCAAGAAAUGGGGAUAACAUAUCCUGGUUCGCUCUACUACGACAACAAAAGAAAUUCCCUUAUUAUAGCAUGUCAUAGAAGAUGUGAUAGUAUUUACAUACUUGAAAUAUGCGAUUGAUUUGAAGACAGACACAUACUCUAAAACACUUGGGACAACAGGAUAUGUCGAUGAAUUGCAAACAUUUUCCAAGACAUUUGCAAAUUCGUAUUUUAAUUGAAUUAUAUGCUAUAUCUGUUUCCUAGUCUGAUUAUUUAGAUAGUUCCCACAAAAAGCGUUUUAUAAAUAGACUUUAUGAACUGGCAAAUGUAUUUGACUGUUUGCAUUCUCAAAGUGAUUCAUAAUCUUUACAAUUUAGAAUUCAGUAGUUGCUAUCACAUACUUGAAGAGUGUGAGAAGUAAGACCAAAUAUACUUAUGUUUUAAAUGUAUAUCUUUGAAAAUCUUGGACCAUAUCAUAUCUUGACAAUUUUAGAAAACUUUAUUCCGUUGCAAAAUUUAAAGAUAUCAGUGACGUAUGCAUAUGCAAUGUAUUUUGUAAAGCAAACGGAUGUUAUUGUGUUAACGAAGCAAACAUUAGUCACGGAAAUAAAAGCAUAUAUUACAUACCGGUAUUGAUACUUUGAUCAAUUGUGUCGUAUUUUGUUUGGAGAUUGUUCACUACAUUCACCGUAGUUUAGGUUGGAACGAAUAUACUAAUUAAUUGCAUAAUAUUUAGGUUGAAUUUGAUGAAUGAAUUAAUGUUAAAAUCCGAUCUUGCCGGUACGUUUCCAGAUCGAUGACCAUUAACUAUACAACCUACCAACCAAAUGGAACUAAACAUUACUAAUGUACUUAAUUUGCAAAAAAAGAUAAAUUUACUGCUUGCUUGGAACCGGUCUUCAAGAAGAAAAUGGUAGUCUCUUGUCUACAGAUGAACUACUUUUUUCUUCAGCUUAUUUUACAUUAAAAGGCUCAA